GGUGUAUUGGACAGGACAGGCUGCUGGUCUGACACAUGAUGACCGGACUCGGUCUAUUCUUGACUCUGAGGCGCUUACAGACACAGCUCACACACUCGAGGCUGAGCUCACUUCUGUGGUCAUCAUGGAAGAAGAGAGUCCAGCGAGGAGCAUCAACGGACUCCAGGGCGCAGAGAUUCCCAAACGCAGCGACGUCAAAGUCUACAAAGAGUUCUGUGAUUUCUACGUGCGCUUCAACAUGACGAAUGCAUUAGCCAAUGCCAUCUGUGAGCGCUGUAAGGCCAGCUUCACACCGACGGAGAAGAUCGUGAACAGUAAUGGUGAGCUGUACCAUGAGCAGUGCUUCGUCUGUGCACAGUGCUUCCAGCAGUUCCUCGAGGGGCUCUUCUACGAGUUUGAGGGCAGAAAAUACUGUGAGCAUGACUUCCAGAUGCUGUUUGCUCCAUGCUGUCAUCAGUGUGGCGAGUUCAUCAUUGGCCGUGUGAUAAAGGCCAUGAACAGCAGCUGGCACCCUGACUGUUUCUGCUGCGAUCUGUGCCAGGCUGUGCUCGCUGAAGUCGGCUUCGUGAAGAACGCAGGCAGACACCUGUGCCGUCCGUGUCAUGACCGUGAGAAGGCUCACAGUCUGGGGAAGUACAUCUGCCAGAAAUGUCAAGCCAUUGUUGAUGACAUCCCGCUGAUUUUCAAGAAUGACCCGUACCAUCCUGACCACUUCAACUGCAGUAACUGUGGUAAGGAGCUGACGGCCGAAGAGGAGCUGAGGGGUGAGCUGUACUGUCUCGUCGUGGGUCACGAUAAGCUGGGCAUGCGGCCGAUCGCGGCUUCCUUCGCAGGAGACCCAUCGAGGGUCCGCGUGGUCAAUGCCAUGGGCAAACAGUGGCACGUGGAGCAUUUCGUGUGUGCUAAAUGUGAGAAACCAUUUCUUGGUCAUCGGCAUUAUGAGCGCAAGGGCCUAGCAUACUGUGAGACUCACUACAACCAGCUCUUUGGAGAAGUCUGUUACCACUGCAACCGCGUCAUCGAAGGAGAUGUGGUGUCUGCAUUGAACAAGGCCUGGUGUGUGUCAAAUGCUUCGGGUAAUGUCUGUUACUCUGUGCUGUUGUUCAGGGACAGGUUUGUGGAGAUGGAUCUGAAGCCCGUGUGUAAGCACUGCUACGGAAAGCGUGUCCUAAGAGAAGCCGGACGAGCUCCAAGAGCAUGCCUGUCCAAACAAGACCAAGACCCCCAAAGACAUGAGAAGAAGAAGAAAAUGCCCAUCUGUCUGUGA